AUGCAGCAUAAAACUUUCGUACAUCAAUUGCAUUCAAUACUAAGCGACCCUACUUUGACGGGUAUCAUAAACUGGAAUGACGACGAGAUAGGUACCGUGUUCCUGUUGAAGCCUUACCACCCAGAAUUCUGCGAUAAUGUUUUGAAACGGUACUUCAAGCACGGGAACGUCAGCAGUUUCGUCAGGCAGUUGCACAUGUACGGGUUCCACAAAGUCGGUAACAACAGCGUUAACAGCCACAUUAACAACAUCGAAGGCAACAAGAUAGUCUCAAAGAAGGAGCCCCACUUCAUCAUAUGGAAGUUCUCCCACCCUUCGGGGAACUUCCACAGAGAAUCCAGUUAUGAAACACUAUGCAAAAUCACUAGAAAGCCAACGGGCUUCGGCAAAGACGGUAAGCGGAAAAAUAUACUCUCCCCAAUUGCGAUAAGCUAUCUAAACCCAGGUAUCAAAACAGAACUCUCGUAUCUGCCCUUCUCUAGGGCGGCUACAGGAAUUGACAACUUCGAUUUGCAAAAAGAAAAUAUGAGCUACAUUGAAAGCGCUACCGACGAAGCUCUGACAACCAGUACAGACACUUUGAUUGACAACAGCUUGUUCAGCGGGAUCACCUCGGCAAACUCAAUUAAUACAAUCAAGACAUCUGGCACAGGCAGCAACGGGAUCACAACAGGAUCAUCUAAUAUUCAGACACUAAUAAACAAUAAUAUAGCACUGCUAAAAAAAACUACAUUAUUGAUAAUAGAAAUUUUAGAUAAAUUUAAUAACCCGGAACUAUCACAAAAAUCAGAAGAGAUGUUCUCGAAUUUGCAAAAAUUACAAGAACUUAAAAAUCAAUUAGUCAGUAAACAAUGCGAAUUAGUAAAUAUGGUACAGCCAGAACUGAAUUCCGGGAAAUCGAAUCAGGUAAUUCAAUCGAACCAAUACCCAACACCUAGCCAGUUCCCAAACUUCCAAAACUAUUUUCCAUCAAUGUAA